AUGUCUGGGUGCCUACAUACGUGGUGGCUUUCGGCCCAUCCCGCCACCGAGCCGGGGGUCCACGGACCGAUUCUGGUCGGAUUUUGGCCGGCCGGCCCGCCUCCGACCAGCUACGCCUGCGGCGUUCUGCUGGCGCUCGGCCACGGAGACGCCUCCGUCCAGCGGGCCGCCGGGGCCAACGCCGGGGCUCUCGCGGGGUUCGUGAUGACGACCGGGCAGUUCGACGCGUCCGUGCGGUUUGGCAUGGCUGUGGCCUGCACGCUGGAGAAGUACCCCUGGAUGAGGCCCGGCCCCAUGUGGGACUUCUUCUGCCGGCGCUGCGCCCUUCGGGCCCCCGUGCCCGCGGAGGGCUCCCUGGCGGUGAGCAUGACGGAGCUCGUGUCCCCGCUGCCCCCCCGCGGCGUCAACAGGCUCGUCUCCACGUUCGAGAGCAAGGAGGCGCUCGGAGAGGCGCUGGUGGCCAGCGCUGCCGUGCCCUGGCUGACCUGCCGAGGCCCGUGGGCCGCCUGGCGGGGCUCGCGCUGGCUGGACGGCGGCCUCACCAACGGCGUGCCGCACUUCCGGGAUGGCAGGCGCCCGCAGCUGGUGAUCAGGUACGAUUUCCUGGAGCGGCGCCCCCGCGGCCGCUGCCGCGGCAUCUACCUAAGGCCUGCCGACGUGCUCGAGCUCAUCGGCCGCGGCGUCGACGACGGCGCCGCGCUGCUGGCCGGAGAGCGACCCCCUGGCCUGAAGGUGCUGUCCCCGGAGGAGGCGGUGCAAGUGCCGCCCGCUGCCGAGCUGACCCUGCUGAGCGCGCCGCGGCUUGCCUGGUCUGCCAUGCGGGGCCUCGUGCUCAAAAACUAG